GGUGCACUAGUAGCGCCUGUUUAAAGCAGCAGCAGGAAGUUCAGUCAGCGCGCUAUCAGCAAAAUCAAAUGCCUGUUCACAAAGUCAUCGAUUCUUCUGACCUAGAUGCCAAGGUCCCAUCUCACCUUCAUUGUAUCUCUAUCACAAGCCUUACAGUCACCUCUGACCCCUCUAACGGAUUUGUUAAGGCUAGGUUGGUUCACAAAGGUCCUGUGCUGUCCUGCGUGCAGAAAGAUGACACAGAAAUGCUUAAAGCACAGAUCAAAGAGGAAGACCCCCCUCAGUCAGCCACUGAACAUACAUCAAUCAACGUCAUUCUCUUCAAUACGUUGGCACAGGAGUUUUCCCAGUCUGUCAAACCAGGGGAUGUUGUCCUGUUGGCCGGCUUUACCAUCAAGAAGUCUCCAUCUUUCUUAAGCGACAAGCUACAUCCAUGUCACCUGGAGAUGGAAGGUGAAGAUGCCAGUGUUUUUGUUUGUCCCGCUGCCGCCCCCUCCCGCGGUCGCCCUAGUGUCAGUUCUGAGCCCAAAUACACGUAUCCUCCUCUAAACACGUUGAAGCACAAGACAUUGGUGAGCGUCUACGGUGUGGUGACCUUCUUCAAACUGCCUUACCGUACUAAAGGCUCAGAUUACUGCUCCAUGCUAAAAAUCACAGACCAGUCUGAUGUCAAAGUGUCCUGCACCAUCUUCACUAAAAACCUAGAGGAUCACCCGGUCAUCCUCAAAAACGGAGACAUUAUACGGCUCCACAGAUUUAAGUCAGAAAUGUUCAAUAACUCCAUGACACUGGUGAACUCAAGUGGUUGGUCCGCUCUCACAUUUGAUGGGAUUAUCGACAGCCCCAUGGUGCCUCGUUCCACCAGCAAAUCAUUUCACUUUGUAGACUCUGAUAAACGCACAGUGCAGGAGCUUCGCCAAUGGGCAACAAAACGGUUACUGGUGUCCGGUAAUCCUACUCUUCCUCUGUCCGCGGUGAAGCCCUCGAUGUUCUUCGAUCUUACCUGCCAGUUGCUGGCAAAGGCCGUCAUGGAUAGCCACUGCAUCCUGCUGAAGGUGUGGGACGGGACCAAGUGUGAUUAUCCACUGUUGAAAGUUGCUGUCCCACCCGACGCAAUAGAGGGAGAAUCCACUGGCGCCAAAGACCGGAUGAACCUGAUAGCCAAUGUUCUGGUCUACGACAAUCACUUUGAGGUCGCUCAAAGCCUAAAGCCUGGGACGUUCCUGCGCAUCUACAACCUCCGUGCAUUGUCACAAAGAGCUUCAAAUCAGCCGUCUGACCAAUCUGAACAACUGGCUUUUCACCUUCAUGGUGGCACAGUUUAUGGACGAGGUCUGCGCAGUAUUCCUGCAGAUUCAGCCGAGCUCCAGUCACUGAAGAGUCUUUUAGAGAAUCAUGUUGAUCUUGAGGAUGAUGAUGAAGUGAAUGACGAGACUCUUCUGGAGAUAUGGUACACCCCACCAGAGUCCGUAGUUAUGCGAAAUGAAGAAGAACCAGAUGGAGAAGCAGAUGUGGAAACUUCUUGUACAGUGCGGACAUGCCAGCACACAUUGCGGCCCGUCACGCUGGCCCAGGUGAAGUCCUCCACACCUCCGCUGGUGUGUCACGUCCGUGCACAGGUGAAGGCGUACAAACCCGAACAGCUGUACCAGUGUUUGAAGCUCUUUUGCGGCAAGUGUAAAACAAUGAGAGAGGUUCCAGAUGAUAACACAAUUGGUAAUCUCCUCCUGGAAUCUGCGCGAGAUGACCAACCCUGUCAUGAACCAUGGGCUGCCACGUCCUCUGCGACUUUUAAAGCCGACAGAAAUAUCUCAAUGCACAUAUCCAGUGACAUGGUGGGGGAAAACACUCAAAACCAGCUAAUCUUUGUCCAGGGAAUGACCCUGAAUGAGGUUUGCAUGCUGUCGAAUCAUUACAAAAACCUUGUACCCGUGAGGUCGGACAAUGGUAGGAUGAAUCUAAUAGACCUCACGGCUCCCUUCCUGUUUUGUGGAGAUAAAAGAUAUUAUGGGUGUAAACAGUGCUCCUCAAACACUUUUGAAAGCCCUGUGUUUACUGGAGUGGAUAACUGGGAUGAAAAAGCAGUUGCAGAAGCACUUGGAGUUCAGCUGAUGCAGUACGGAUUGUUAAUGGAGUUUGAACUAAAGGAUCAGACGGACACAUUAAAGGCUCUGCUGUGGGAGAACGCUGAGAGGUUCUUUCAGAUUUCUGCUGUGGACGUUUCAGCCAAUCAGGAAUUGCAAGACAAGGUUCAGAGCAUCAUGGACACGCUUCAACCAAAAGAAAGCAGAAUUGAAGACCGUCCGUGGCUGAAUCUUUGUCUAUCCGUCUACACUGUGAAAGACGAUGGCAGAAAUCAAGUUUGCUACCAAAUCACAGAUUCAGAAGUUAGACCAGGUUAAAUUAACUUGUAAUCCUGCAGUAAUAGUGUUGUCACUAAUAAGAAAUAAAAUAUAAUAGUUAUCAUUUCAGAAA